AGAGAAAAAAGAGGGAAUUGGGCCAAGUGGGGAGAAGAGGCGGGAGGGCAGAGUGGCGGGAAACAAGAAGGAGGGAGAAGGGAAAAUUUUCCAAAAGAAAAGGAGGCCUACCUUCUCUCCCGCCUGUUUAGAGCCGCUGCGCUUCCUUCUUCUUUGGCCGCCAUUAGCCGUCGCCUCCUCAUCCUCAUCUAUCCUUCUCUCCCGAUCUCUCUCUCUCUAUUUUUCUGUGGCAGUUGCAAAGUGUUCGGCGGAAUUACUCAGGGAAGAAGGGUCCCCGAUCUCCGUCGGUGAAGAUGUACGUGAUCAAGAGGGACGGGCGCACGGAGGCUGUCCACUUUGAUAAGAUCACCGCCCGCCUCAAGAAGCUUAGCUAUGGCCUCAGUGAGAAGCACUGCGAUCCGGUCCGCGUCGCGCAGAAGGUCUGCGCUGGAGUCUACACGGGCGUCACCACCACCCAGCUCGACGAAUUGGCUGCUGAGACGGCUGCUGCCAUGACCACCAACCACCCUGACUAUGCCUCUCUCGCGGCGAGGAUUGCUGUUUCAAAUCUGCAUAAGAAUACAAAGAAGUCCUUUUCGGAAACGAUCAAGGAUAUGUACAAUCAUGUAAAUUUGAGAUCAAGGCAAAAGGCGCCUUUGAUUGCAGACGAUGUUUAUGAGAUAAUUAUGAAGAAUGCUGCUCUUCUAGAUAGUGAAAUCAUAUACGACAGAGAUUCCGAUUAUGAUUAUUUUGGGUUUAAGACCCUAGAGAGAUCAUAUCUCCUAAAGAUUGGUGGGAAGGUUGUUGAACGGCCACAGCAUAUGCUCAUGAGGGUUGCCGUUGGCAUCCACAAAGAAGACAUUGAUUCUGCAUUGAAAACAUACCAUUUAAUGUCCCAGCGCUGGUUCACCCAUGCUUCGCCCACUCUUUUCAAUGCCGGAACACCGAGGCCUCAAUUGAGCAGCUGCUUCCUUAUCUGCAUGAAAGAUGACUGCAUUGAAGGCAUAUAUGAUACACUGAAGGAAUGUGCUGUCAUUAGCAAAUCUGCGGGGGGGAUUGGUGUUUCUGUCCAUAAUAUUCGUGCAACGGGCAGCUAUAUUCGUGGUACAAAUGGUACUUCAAAUGGGAUUGUUCCUAUGUUGAGGGUGUUCAAUGACACUGCUCGUUACGUUGAUCAAGGGGGCGGCAAAAGGAAAGGUGCGUUUGCUGUGUAUCUGGAACCAUGGCAUGCGGACAUCUUUGAGUUUCUUGAUCUGAGAAAGAAUCAUGGAAAGGAGGAAAACAGAGCCCGUGAUCUUUUCUAUGCACUUUGGGUACCUGACCUCUUCAUGAAGAGGGUCCAGGAUGAUGAAACUUGGUCACUCUUCUGUCCAAGCGAGGCUCCAGGCCUAGCUGAUUGCUGGGGUGAAGAAUUUGAAGCUCUAUAUACUAAAUACGAGACAGAAGGAAAGGCAAAAAAAGUUGUGAAGGCACAAAAGCUUUGGUUCUCUAUCCUUGUUUCACAAAUUGAGACUGGGACUCCUUAUAUGCUUUACAAGGAUACGUGCAAUCGAAAAAGCAACCAGCAAAACUUGGGUACAAUAAAAUCUUCUAAUCUGUGUGCUGAAAUUGUUGAGUAUUCAAGUCCAACAGAAACUGCUGUUUGUAACUUGGCAUCAAUUGCUCUUCCUCGUUUUGUUAAGGAAAAGGGUCUGCCACAAGACUCCCAGCCAUCCAAGCUGGUUGGCAGCAGGGGUUCAUACAAUCGAUAUUUUGAUUUUGACAAACUUGCUGAGGUCACAUCUGUAAUCACAUCAAACUUGAAUAAGAUAAUUGAUGUUAACUUCUAUCCUACUGAGACUGCAAGAACAUCAAACAUGCGACACAGGCCAAUAGGUAUUGGGGUUCAGGGACUGGCUGAUACUUUUAUCUUGUUGGGGAUGCCUUUUGAUUCACAGGAGGCUCGUCAACUGAACAAGGACAUUUUUGAAACUAUUUAUUAUAAUGCUCUGAAAGCCUCUUCUGAACUUUCUGCCAAAGAAGGCCCUUAUGAGACAUACCAUGGGAGUCCUGCAAGCAAGGGAAUUUUCCAACCUGACAUGUGGGGAGUAACGCCAUCUAAUCGUUGGGAUUGGCCUGCUUUAAGAGAAAUGGUUGCAAACAAUGGCUUAAGGAAUUCCCUUCUGGUUGCUCCGAUGCCCACAGCAUCUACCAGUCAGAUACUUGGAAAUAAUGAAUGUUUUGAACCAUAUACUUCCAAUAUCUACAGUAGAAGGGUUUUGAGUGGUGAAUAUGUGGUGGUUAACAAACAUCUUCUUAAUGACUUGACCGAAAUGGGUCUUUGGUCUCCUUCUCUAAAGAAUAAAAUAAUAUAUGAGAAUGGCUCCAUUCAGAAAAUCCCGGAGAUUCCAGCUGAUCUCAGAUCAAUUUACAAAACCGUUUGGGAGAUCAAACAAAAAAAUCUGGUGGACCUUGCUGUUGACCGAGGGUGCUACAUAGAUCAGAGUCAGAGUCUGAACAUCCACAUGGACCAACCCAAUUAUGGGAAACUUACUUCCUUGCAUUUCUAUGCUUGGUCUGCGGGUUUGAAAACGGGCAUGUAUUAUCUACGCUCCCGUCCUGCAGCUGAUGCAAUCAAAUUCACUGUAGAUGCUUCUAUGCUUGAGGAUAAACCAGCAGUGGAGGAUGAUCUUGAGACCAAGAUGGCGCAGAUGGUCUGUUCCUUAGAAAACCGAGAAGAGUGCAUGGCAUGUGGGAGUUAGCUGUAUUUGAUCUGUUGCUUCAUUCAGGCGGCAGAGAUGGCUUCUCUUGGAAAACCGAGAAUAAGCCUUGGGAGUUGGCAAAUAUUAGAAUGUGAGCUUGGUUCUAGUGCAAUAUUUUUUCCUUGAGGCAGAUAACUGCAGGCUGGAGUCGGUCUUCACUAUUAGCUAUCAUUUGUUCACUUUCAUUGAAGACAUUACGCGUGAGGAAGUACGAGAUUUCUUGUACAUAUGACAGCUUUUUAUUUCUAUCCAUUGCCAAUGAAGGCAAAUAAGUUUGAUCUA